AUGAUAACUCGGCCUCUUGUCUUAGUGAUAAUAUGUUUCGGAUUUUUUAUUUUACUUCAAUCGCUAUUACCUAAAGUAAUGGCACAAAAAAAUCCUUCGAGGUUUAAUGAAUUUUUACUGGAUGAUCAAAGGAUGGCCAAAAGAAAAAACUAUGUAUUCAGAAUGAAUCGAGACAACAAACGUUUAAGAAAUGUUAACAACUUGGGCACUGAUUACGACAGCGUGACUUUUCAAUCUGACACAACUCCUGAAGAUCUGUCAGCAUUUAUCGCUGACCAUGCAAAUAUGAUACGAGACGAUGUUAUUUUACUAGAUGAUUCCGUAGAAACAAGGACUCGCAAAAGGGGUAAUAUUAAAAUGAAGAAACUAAAUCAAGUUAUACCCGAUCCACCUUGCAACUGUGAAGUUCAUAGAGAAACAGAGGACUUUGGAGCGAAUUCUUACCCGCGAUAUGUAGAAACUAGAAAUUGCAGCGAAGUGCAACAGUUCUGCCGUCCCCCAUACAUUUGCAAGGAAAACCUAUAUGAGUUGACAAUAAUAAGGAGACGAGAGGCGCACGCCGAUUAUUUAUUGGAAUAUCCAAAUAAUUUACCUAAUGAAUGGAAAUUUAAAUGGAUUUCUGAAAAACGUAAUAUAACUGUUGGUUGCGAUUGUACUAGAAAUUACGUCAUAGAGAACUAG